GAUCUCGCCCUCCCUCCCUCCCUCCCUCCCUCCAUCUUCGUUGCGAUCUCUGCAACUGAGCUCCCACAACAAUGGCGAUUCGUCUUUUCCUCGUCUUCUCCCUCACGGCCCUGCUCCUCUUCUCGUCCUUGGCCCCCGCCCUGAGCAAGGAAGCUCAGACCGACGCCGACGACGACGAAGAUCUCAGCUUCCUGGAGGAGCCGGAGGACAACACCGACGCCACGCCUCACUCCCACGGAGACCAUUUCGCCGACGCCGAUCAGUACGGCGAUGAGGACUUCGAGGACUUGUCCGAUUUCGACGAGUCGGAGGUCGACCAGGAGGCGUACAAGGAGCCCGAGGUUGACGACAAGGACGUCGUGGUUCUCAAAGAGGGCAACUUCAGCGACUUCGUGGAAAGGAACAGGUUCGUGAUGGUGGAGUUCUACGCGCCGUGGUGCGGACACUGCCAGGCCCUCGCGCCCGAGUAUGCCGCGGCCGCCACCGAACUGAAGGGCGAGGAGGUGGCCCUGGCCAAGGUGGAUGCUACCGAGGAGGAAGAGCUCUCUCAGAAGUACGAGGUGCAAGGGUUCCCCACUGUUUACUUCUUUGUCGAUGGCGUUCACAAGCCUUACACUGGCCAAAGGACCAAGGAUGCCAUAGUGACAUGGAUCAGGAAGAAAACAGGCCCAGGUGUGUACAACAUUACCACAUUGGACGAUGCCGAACGCAUUUUGACUUCUGAGAGCAAGGUUGUGUUGGGUUAUCUGAACCAUUUGAAGGGUCCUGAGAGUGAGGAGCUUGCUGCCGCCUCGAGAAUGGAAGAUGAUGUCAAUUUCUACCAAACCGUUAAUCCUGAUGUUGCGAAGCUCUUUCACUUGGACCCUGAGGUCAAACGCCCUGCCCUGAUCAUGCUUAAGAAGGAAGCUGAGAAAUUGAGCCAUUUUGGUGGUCAAUUUGUGAAGUCUGAAAUAGCUGAGUUUGUAUUUGCCAACAAACUUCCUCUCGUCACUGUCUUUACCCGCGAAAGCGCACCUGCGAUUUUUGAAAGUCCGAUCAAGAAGCAGCUGCUGCUAUUUGCGGUGUCAAAUGACUCAGAGAAGGUUCUACCCAAGUUCCAAGAAGCUGCAAAACUGUUCAAGGGAAAGCUCAUCUUUGUAUACGUGGAAAUGGAUAAUGAAGAUGUUGGAAAGCCUGUGUCAGAUUAUUUUGGCAUCACUGGUGAUGCUCCACAAGUACUUGGGUACACAGGAAAUGAUGAUAGCAGGAAAUUCGUACUGGACGGUGAAGUGACCUUGGAAAAAAUUAAGGCUUUUGCUGAGAACUUUUUGGAAGACAAGCUGAAACCUUUCUAUAAGUCUGACCCAGUUCCUGAAAAGAAUGAUGGAGAUGUGAAAAUUGUCGUAGGGAACAAUUUUGAUGAGAUUGUUUUGGAUGAGUCGAAAGAUGUCCUUCUGGAGAUUUAUGCCCCAUGGUGCGGGCAUUGCCAAUCACUUGAGCCGAUAUAUAACAAGCUUGCAAAACAUCUGCGAGGCAUCGACUCGCUUGUCAUAGCAAAGAUGGAUGGGACAACCAAUGAGCAUCCCAGGGCAAAGUCUGAUGGAUUCCCCACACUUCUGUUCUUCCCGGCUGGAAACAAGAGCUUUGAUCCGAUCACUGUAGACACCGACCGCACAGUGCUUGCAUUCUACAAGUUCCUCAAGAAACACGCAUCUAUCCCAUUCAAGCUUCAGAAGCCGGCUUCUACUCUGAAACCCAAGAGCACUGAAACCAAAGCAAGCGAAGAGAGCAUCUCUGCCGAUGUGAAGGAUGAACUAUGAGUAAGUUAAACCGAGAGAUGCAGAAACGGAACGUGAGUUGCAUCUCUCAUUAGUUGAGGAGGUAGUUAAGGAAAAAUAGCUCCCCGGAUCAUAUAGAAGAAACAUAGGGUUAUUGGUGAAGGAAAACCCUGCAAGCGAAGAAUUUUAUCAUUCCCGAGCCAAAAGUUGUGUAAUUUUGACUAUUUAUAAUCGAGUAAUAAGGGGUAGUUGUGUUCUCAUUUGGCGAUCCGUUUGCGAUUGACGCAUAAUUUUCUCAUUCGGAGUCUGCCUCACCUAAGUAUGUAUUUGUUACAGCGUGGUGCAAGUGCCAGUCGAGUUUCAAUGUCACGUAUCUUUAAUAAGGUGAAUACAUUCAUCUAUUUUUCAU